CAGUUAAUCAUAUCUCUAAUUCUUCUAUCCUUUUCCAUCACGUGUGCAACGGCUUGUCCGUACUGGACAAUACCGGGCCAAAUCGAAUUGACAUUUGACGGACCCAAUCGGACUGAAUGCACUGUUAUCCUGUCCUUGGUCCUAAGAUGUCUUCCAUUCUUGGACUGCGGUUUUCAUGAAAUUGGCCCAGUCUGCAUCGGACCAUUGCUUGUCCCUACCCUUUCCCUCUCGUAAAAUUGUUGACCCUCUAUCCGACGAGUGCCCCAACGCCGUCGACCCAUACCAGUCAAGACUAGGGACUCUGGCGAGCUAUUUCAGCUCAAAAAUGGCGAAUACCGGUCACGAGACAACGAAUCUAAGGGAUGUUUUGAUGUCAUCGUGGUCAAAGCAAAGUCAAACUUCAUUUUGGCUAUAAUCUCAUCCGUGGAGUUAAACUCGUAUUUUUUCUUCUUCUUCCUUCUUCUAAUUGUGUUGUGUGAUUAUAAACAUAGUUAGCAUUGUGCUAACUACUCUAGAAUUAACAUAGUAUAUCUCAUUGAUACUAUUUGGAUGAAAUCGGACAUCUUAUCUAUUAGUAUAAAUCUUGUUGAGGACCACCUUUCUACAAUUGGUGAUAAUCAUCUCAUUAUUAAUCACAGUCAAUGAGUGUGAAAUGAUGAAUCAUAUGACAUUUUCUUCCCUAAUCCAUUCCCUCCAUGAUGGGUUUUAUUUUAAUGCCAUUAAAAAUUGCCACCGACGUCGGCUCGGGUGGCAGCAAACCAUAUCCCCCUACCCGAUAGUCAGCGCUCAUCUCCCUCAAUCAAACCUGAAAAUAAUCAGACAAUUCGCUCCGGACCAAAUCAAACUCAUGAAAAUCGCAAUCUAGUAAUGAAAAACAUUUUGGAAUCAAUAAUCUGUUUUAUUUUAUUUAUAUAAUCCAGUUGAAAUAUCAAUUCGAUUCAUUCUUCGGUUCGAUUUGAUAUGGUUCGAACUUUGAUCCGAUGCAAUUUGGUACGAACCAAAUCGUCGUAUACGCCUACCCAAAAUAAUAAUUGUUUUUAACUGUAAAGACUAGACAGGUGAAGAAGAAACCAAAGGCCAAACACUCUCCCAUUUCCUAAGGACUCUUCUUCCCCUUUUUCCCUUUUCUCCCGUCAAAGCAAAACCUCCAUUUUCCAUGGCCGCUCCCUGAUAAAAACCUCCUCUUUUCUCUCUUCCGCCUAGAUAGACUACUAGGCUCUUCCUCUACUUCUCCGAAAUGGAAGAUUACAGAUCCAAGUCGUACGCCGACGGACGCUCCUCCCAACUGGACCUCUACCACCACGGCCCGCCACCCCCCGCCGCCGCCGGAGGCGGAGGAGGAGGAGCAGGGAUGCAAGAUCUCAGGUGCUACAGCGCCUCCUACGCGGCGUCAUCCGUCUACCCGGCUCAGGCCGGCGGUCAAUUCGAGAUGAACAGGGACAAUCCCAAGCUGAAGAAGGGCAAGUCGGCGAACGGGUCGGUUUCCAAGACGUGGAGCUUCAACGACCCGGAGCUGCAGCGGAAGAAGCGGGUGGCUAGCUACAAAGUGUACACGGUGGAAGGCAAAGUGAAAGGCUCGUUCAAGAAGAGCUUCCGCUGGCUCAAGGAUCGCUACACCAGAGUCGUCCAUGGCUGGUGGUAGUAGAUUCGAAUUUCCCAAUUCAAAUAUCACUUUCCCUUCCCUCUCUAUCUCUCUACUACUUAAUUCUCCUUCUCGUCGAUUGUGUUUCUUUGCUGCUGUGUUCACUAUACAUAAAUCUCUCUGUGCGACUCUGUUGUAGCCGUCCGUCAAGUCUGGUCUAUUGUUUGUUUGUCUGUAAGUUGUUUUUCCACCAAAGGGUAUAUGAGAGUGUUAUCAGAAUACACUAUAGUUGGAAUUCAUCAAUGGUGUUUGGUUUGGUCCAUCCGAUUCAAAGUUGCCCUCUUUCUGUUGUCAGUUUCACAAUCUGAGCCUAUGGUUUCUGGGUUUUUGUCUGGGAAACUUGGAUGAUUGUGUAUGUUUGGGGUUUGAGGGAUUACAUGGCUGAAUCUGCCGCGCCGUCGCCGCAUUUAGUCGAAGCUGAGAUGAUUGACAUAUCUGGCAAAUUCAACGGUUCUGCAAGUGGAAGGAUUCCUUGCUUCCUCGGUUGGAUUAUUCCCAAGUAAAGCAGAGAGGAUAAAGGGUCUUUGGCAGAAAGCGGAAAGGAGGAUGGGCGCUGGGGGCCGGGGAAGGAAAAGUAGUGCUACGUAUUCAGAGUUGGAUGGCGUGAUGUGGCCGUACGCCGUGGUGGCUGUUGCGGAAGCACGACACCUUUGUGGAUUGGAAAUGGUGAUGGGCAAAGGAAAGUAGUCGGCGGCGGCAGAGGCAGAGGCAGGUUGCCGGUAUUGACCGGUCCCUUGUUUCCAUUCCGUGGUGUUGGUAUUGCAGUCGUAAUAAUAUACAUUAUUUUGAUGUUUGAUUUGUUGGGAUGGAGAAGAUCCUUUUAGCAGCUUGUGAUUCACACCCUUGAGACCAUGAGCCUUGGCUGGAAGCCUGGAGCUGCGUAAGAGAGACCGUGUCUACUGGAAGCUGUGACGAACUGAACUGUUAAACCCUAACUCCGAGUCGAGAGUUCAUUUGACACUGGUCGUUGUUUCGUGUUCCCCUGCACUUCUCAUGCUUGCGGCCAGUGAGAUAGCGAAACACAUAAGUCUGGACUGAAGAUCUCAAUAUGAUGUUGAAACUUGAAAGGCAAACGUUCCAUGCCAUCCCAAGACUGCAGAGGAAUAAGUAGAAUUGCUUCAC